AUGUUUUUUACAAAACAUAUGACAUCCACUUGCACUGAUAUGACAACUGCUGCCACCGGUGCGUUUGACCUGGUUAUACCUGGCGACAAUAUCUUACUUGGCACUGCUGCUGAUGUGACAGAACUUGCCCUAGGCCCCAACGUCUCCCUUCUUGACGACACGACUGUUCAGCCCACAACCGCAGGAUUGUUCGUCACGUCAUCAGGCUCCACCAUAUCGAAAAAGGAACCCUCCAAUCUCUGCUAUGUUGACUCUGCUCGUGGUAGGUACAUUCCGCAGGUAGGGGAUCUCGUGUUGGGUACUGUUGUGGGCCAGUUUGGCGAGUACUACCGUGUAACGCUAAACGAGUACUCGCCGGACGUCAUCCUCAACAUCUACGCCUUCCCGAACGCAUCGAAGAAGAACAGACCCCGUUUACAGGUACGAGAGCUGAUCUACGCGAGAGUGGCGGCAACCGAGAAGUCCGUUGACGCAGAGUUGAGCUGCAUAGACCCAACCACGGGGAAGGACGGCGGCUUUGGCGUGCUAAAUGGCGGCUACUGUUUCAACGUUUCUGGUGCGUAUGCACGCUUUCUCCUCUUUUCGCCGGACGCUCCGGUGCUAAAGAAGAUGGUUGAGAAGCUGCAGUUUGAAAUCGCAAUUGGUGUUAACGGCAAAGUGUGGAUCAACUCCGAAAGCCCCCGGUCAACGAUGCUUUGCGUUUACAUCAUAUCAGAGAGCCAGAAGUGGAAGCAAAGCGAGAUUUCGGCCAACAUCGACAAGCUGGUGAAGAAGUUCAAAUCACUGUGA